GUACAUCCCGCUGCGUGUCGGAUCAACCGCUCUUUUCCUCUCGUGUCGGCAACGUCAAACAUGACUAUAGCGAGACAAAGAUAUUCAUUGAUAGGAGAUCCUCGAUAACUAGAGCGAAUGUUCGGUCAAUUAUUGGGGCUCUUGAGCCCAAUAGUCUAUGAUGAUAUCUAUGUCUUAUCUUAGAACACCGAUGGCACCGGGCCGUAUGAAGACAUGACGAUCUAUUGUACUACUUGAUAUGCACCGUCUUGGCUAUUGAUCAUAUAUAUAUAUAUAUCCGUUCACAAUUCUCAACAUACUUCUAUCAUUCAACUAAGUCACAGCUCAACUUACACAUCCUUGAUCUAAAGUAUUCAUUAAACAUAUCGAUCUAGUGAGCGGCUAUUAUCCACCAAAUUUAUAUAUUCUUGGUUAAGAUCCUCACAAAGAAACAACCCUUUCGUUUUCUUUCCUACUCUAGAAAGCGAGAUUAGAAGAUUUAGUCUCACAACAAAAAUGCCCGCUCAAUCUGGAUUCAGGUCGUUGGAUGUUGGUGUCGUAGGGGGUGGAAUUGGAGGGUUGAGUACUGCUAUUGCUUUGCGUCGUGCUGGACAUCGAGUCACAAUAUACGAACGGGCUGAUUACGCUGGAGAAGUUGGUGCUUCAGUAUCUUGCGCUGCUAAUGGCACAAAAUGGUUACAUGAGUGGGAUGUCCCGGUUGAGAAGGGAGAUCCUGUCAUCUUGAAGAAGCUAAUUCGACGUGAUUGGAAAACUGGAGAGCCUGAUUCUGUGUAUGAUCUCGACGAUUAUGAAGAGAAGUGGGGACAUGUUUACAACAUGUUCCACAGGCAAUAUAUGCAUGCUAUGCUUAUGGAUAGUGCUGUAGCUGAACCAGAAAAGCCGGGAGUACCAGCCAAGUUACUCGUCAAUCACAAGUGCUCUGGACUUGACGCCGAGACUGGAACUAUCACAUUUGAAAAUGGAAAUACUGCAGUACAUGACGUUGUCAUUGGAGCUGACGGUAUUGGAUCCGCGAUUCGUUCCCUCAUUGGCAUCAAAGUUGAGAGGAGAGCGGCCGAUGCCAGUUGUCUCCACGCCAAUGUAGACACCGAAGAAGCAGUCAAGCUUGGCUUGGUUGAUUACUCGCAGAAUAGUGCCCUCGAAUACUGGGGAGGUCUGAAUACCCAUUACAAGAUCGUUCUUUCGCCUUGUAAUGGCGGUAAACUACUAUCUUAUUACUGUUUCUUUCCAAGAGAGAAGGGCGAUUAUUCCAACCAGGCAUGGGGUGCGAAAGGAACAGUAGAAGAACUUCUUGCUCCUUUCCCAGAUCUGGACCCCCAGGUUUACAAACACUUGUCAAUCGGAAAGGAUGUUGCUCCCUGGAGAUUGUGGAUUCACGAACCCUAUCCAUACUGGCAAAAAGGCAAUGCUUGUGUCAUAGGAGAUGCAGCUCACCCUAUGAUGCCAGAUCAAAGUCAAGGAGCAUGUAUGGCCAUCGAAGAUGCAGCAGCUCUUGGUAUUAUUUUCAGCGAAAAACAUUUCAACGGCGAUGUGCAAGAGGCCUUGAGAGUUUAUGAGCAAGUCAGAAAGCCCCGUGCAACACGUGUACAAGCCGCUGCUGCAAAGGCACGAGAGAACAUCAAUGAACGUAUUGGUUUCUCUAGUAACACCAACUCAGCAGUAUACAAAGUUUCUGACGAGAAGGCGAAAUUGACGAUUGAAGAAAUGAAUGAAUAUGACAUGCACGAUGAUGUCCUGAAGAAUUAUGCGCAAGUUAGAGGAGAGGUUUCUUGAAUGAAGAAAUUUUAAUUAUCGGAAUCUUUUGGCAGGGGAACAAUCAAUAGAAGGCUCCCACUGUGUUCUUCAUUUUUUACAUAGGCACAGUUUAGCAUUGGAGUUUUGGUGUUCGGGCUAGCGAAUGUGUAUAAUCGAUCUUAUAAUUUUAUUCGAUCACCUCCACAUAAGAAUUGUUUCAAAUUACCUAGAUAGCCAGCUGUGAAAUAUAGAGUUAUUGGCUGUG